AUGGGGACUUAUACGUUUCGAUGGCCGUAUAAUGCAAACGAAGUGUAUGUGACGGGGACAUUCGAUGACUGGGGCAAGACUGUCCGACUGGACCGCAAUGGGGAGGUGUUCGAGAAGGAGGUUGAGCUCCCAGCCACAGAGGAGAAGAUCCAGUAUAAGUUCGUCGUCGACGGUAUCUGGACCACUGAUAAUCGCGUCCCCGAAGAAGACGACGGCGACAAUAACAUCAACAACGUGCUCUACCCCGAUCAAAUCCAACAACCACCACUACAGAACGGCAUGGCCGGUGUAACCCCCGAUUCAACCACCGCUGCUUUGGCGGCUGGGGUGCCUAAGGAGUCCAGCAGCAAGACAAAUGGCUAUCACCCCACCAUCUCGUCAGCAGCACCAGGCUCGACAACUGCCAAACUCGGCCAGGAAGUCCCAUUGGAACAACGGGCUACUGUGCCAGGAUCCUUUCCAAUCACUCCCGGGAGCGAGGCUGAACAGUUCUCCGUGAAUCCCAUCCCUGCAUCCAGUGGCAUUGGCAACCCGAUCAAGUUGGCUCCAGGUGAGAAGGUGCCUGACCCCAGCACUUUCAACCCCAACACCGUUCAGUCCACCGCACGUCUCGACAAGGGUGCGUAUGAGCAAGGCGCCAGUCUUUCUCGGACUGAAGAUUCGUUGCAGGAUGGCAGUGCUUUCUCCCUUCCACCUGUAACGAAAAACACCAUUCCUGAGUCAAGCUUGCCUAUGGGCAGUGAUGGGGCUCAUGAUGUCAAAGACCCCGGCUAUACGAUCCAGUCGGCUGCGCCCACGUCGACAACGGCGACACUUGCUGCUGCAGUGCCCCUGGAGUCUCAGAAGCAGAAGCAGGCGACCGGUGAUUCUCCCUCUGAGGAGCUUCCAGGCGUGGUUAAGGAGUCCCUUGAGAAGGCCCACCAACAUCCCGAAUGGGCUGCCAACGAGGAGGUCGUCGAGGAGAAGAAGGAAGUGGAAGAAGAGCUUCAGCAGAAAAUCAGCGUGAACAAUUCUGUUGGCACCCCAGCGCCUGCUAUAAGUGCCGCUACUGCGGAGACUGCUCCCCGUGCUACUGGUGCUGAGCCUACAAACCAGCCAUCCUCUAAGGCGAAGGGACCAGUCGAUGGACCAGUGGUGACCACUGGUGUCGAUUCUGCGAAGGCUCCAAAGGAAUCUGGACCUGGCCCUAUCCACGGUGCUUCUCCCUCUGUUCCUGCUGCCGGUGCUGUAGCCACCUCCAACCAACUGUCUCCUAAGGUCUAUGACCCAAGUGAGCCAACUGUUACCACGGGCGUCGAUUCUGCGAAGACCCCGAAGCAGUCCGGCCCCGGCUCAGCCGAGGACUCUUCUGCCGCUGCCCCUACUGCAGACUCAGCCGUCGAUGUCGGAUCAGCCUCUGCCGCUGGCGAUGCUUCCGGCCCUACUGCUGGCACCAACAAACCCUCAGAGCCCAAGCAGCUCGCCGAACCUAGCAAGUCCAACAAGGCCGACGUAACCGCUACCAAGACGUCCGAUUCAACUCCGGCUACCGCUAACACCAACAAGGAUGCAUCUACGCCGGCUCAGAAGACCGAUGCUCCUACCAGCAUUAACAACACCACUACUCCCGCCAACAAGACCACCAACAACGCUGCAGCUGGCGCAGCCGCCAAUUCCAACAAGGAAGAGCCGAAGAAAAAGAAGAAGGGAUUCUUCUCCCGCCUCAAGGAGAAGUUGAAGCAUUGAAUACAUUAAUUAAUGACUGAGCUGAAUCAGCCUAUGGAUGGGUUGAUUUUUAACUAAUGGUGUAUAAUGGGUGGAAGAUUUCUAUUUUCGUUCUUCAUGCUUCUGUGAUUAUCGUCUGGAUACCUUUUGUGUUGUGUGAUUUUCCUUCCAUUCGUUCGCUGCCUUAGGUCCUAUAGGUAGGCUUAUGGUUACGUAUCACGAAUCAGUUCUAUGAUUUAUGCUGUAAUGAGCAUUCCUCACUUCCACUCAGUCCAGUCUGAUAUGAAGUACAUCAGAUAUGAUGUUCAAGUGAAUAUAUUAUCAAUUAUGAUUAACAUCGC